ACCGACCACCCCAACAUGCGUGGGACUUUCAUUCUUUCUUUGCUUUCUGCGGCGCUGGGCGCCAGCGCUGCCAUUUCUCAGUCUAACCUCAAGACUCACGUCGAUGUGCUGGCACUCGACUACGCCUUUAACCCCGUCAAGGCGGCGUACUGGACUGGAUAUCCCCACCACCGUCGUACUCCCUUUGCGGUGUCGCCCGAUGGGAAAUCAGCGUAUAUUGCCUAUCUUGACUCCAGUGCCACAGAUGUUCAUGUGCAGCAGCUGGAUCCUACCACCUUUGCUGCUACUGGUACAACUGUGACCGUCUCUGGUGGAAAGGAAGCUGGAGGUCUUGUGGCUCACAAUGAUGGAUUUGCCCUUCUCACCAACGAGGCCAUGCCCUCUGGCACCACCAAUGCACCACCGAGCGAUACCCCUGUUCCCGUGCUCUACCGCUACACCUCAGGAAAACAGACAUGGAAGACUUGGCUGGGUGGACCGGGCGUACACGAGUCCGAAGGACUUUCCGCCUCUCCUGACAUGAACGGCGACCUCGUCUACUCCGAGAGUGCAGAGCUCUACGGUGCAUACUUUGUCGUCACUGAUUACUCCGGCGACGCAUCGGGCCAUUUCGGUGACAGUGUGGAGUACGUCUCGGCCAGCGGAAAAUUAGAGACAAUCACUGGUGCUAGUAGUGCAUGGGGUUGCAGCCACAACACCGGCAUUGCAUUCGAAGCAGCCGACGACGCCCCCUUCGCUGGUAUUUGCGCCGAAGAUCAGGGCGCGAUCUGGUUGAACACCAAGACGCAAGGGAUGUCUACCGACGGAGUCAAAAUUUCCAACGAGAACACUACAAACGGCGCAUCUGGUGAGCCUAUGGGUGGUAUGUCUGGUAGCUACAGUGCGUUGGCUCGGUUUGCCGAUACCACCAAGUAUAUCUUCGCCUGGGUUUCCCGCGGCGCGAUUGAUGUGACAGAGAACGCGUGGAUGGGAACGGGCUACACGAACGUGCAGAACCGCACGAACGGUCGCAAUGUUGCUAUAUCGCUUUUCUCUGAUAAGUAUACCAAGGUUGGUGCCGAGGCUACGUCUGAGGUCGGAACCGAGGAUGGAGAUAGCCAAGUCAACUGGGUGACCUCUGGAUCGAACGAUUGCUCAAAUGCUCACGCUGCCGCCUUUGGAAGUAGCAAUGCCCUCGUCACCUGGGAGGAAAUCUCGAACCCGACUUGUGACUUCAUUGCCAUGGGAUGUCGGGGUACCUUUGCUGGAACUUUCUUCCAGCAAGUCGACUCCACCGGCUCCAAGGUUGGUGAAGCUUUCAGCGUCGACGAUGUUUACAUUGCUGGUGACAUGGUGACUAUUUCAGAUGGUAGAAUCUGCUGGCCCUAUGUCAAUAUGACUUGGGACCUCUCACAGUCCAUUGAUGACUCUUCAUCCUCGGCGACUGGCAAAAAGAUGAGCAUUGCUUGCGUGGGCCUCGAUGGUACAAAUGAUUCCUCGACAACCACGGCUGCUAGUGUCACCACCAGCGCGACCGCAAAGGUCGCCAUUAGCGAGGGUGCCAGUGCAGCCAUCAAGGCCGCUUCGAGUGAGACAACGGUCAAAGCCCCAAGGCAGAGUUCUGAAGCCGCUUCAAGUGCAACCACCACCGAACUUGCAAGUCAAACUACCGAGCAAGCAGCCGAGAUUAUAAGUGGGAGCGUUGCCGUGAUCGGAGGCGGAUCUGGGAACACUUGGAGUAGUUCUGUGAUCGAAAUCGCAACGUCUGUUACUAGCUCCACGGCCAGUGACAUCGUGGAUGCGACCGCAAGUGGAUCAGACAGUGAAAUUCCGGCCGCGACUACUAUUUAUACACCCAACACCCCAAGUGGAGUUCCCGCGGUGAGCGAAGUCCCCACUGACACCCCGAGCGCCAUUCCAAGCAGUGUUGUUAGUGGAAUCGCUAGGGGUCACGGGCGGAAACAUGGCCACGGCUGGGGACACCAUGGCACGGAACACCACAGUUCAGGACACCACAGUUCGAAAUAUGAUGAGGUCCUUGAGAGCGAGCCCCAAGUCGGCGGGGCUUGCAAGUCCCAGUAG